AUGGAUGCGGAUACAUAAGGAUAUAAGUACCUAAAUAAAAGAGACGGUUGCGGGAUUGAGGUGGUGUAAAGGUUGACUGUCAAUUUUAAUUAGAAAAUGAUUACUGUAAUCAGUGUAAUGGUUUGCAGUGGUAUAUUUGUGUACCUGUCUAGCAUUUUGUUAAAGAUAAGUUAGAAAGGUCAGUAUUUUAGUAUGUCGGGGGAAGUUGAGUGCAGAAGAAGCACGAGAUGCAGAGUGAAAAAAGAGUUUUUAUGCAGCGCAAAUUGGUUAGGAGAAGGGAGCAAAGGUUAUCAGUGCAAGGAGCGAUUUAAAGACAGUGAGAAAUUGUUUAGGCAUUUGUUCGAUGCUAAAUAUGAUACUCUAUGUCCCGGAAUUCGAGGAAAAAUUGAGCAAGGGUUAUCCGUACGUGGUGAAAAUAUCGCGGAGAAACGGGAAGAAUUCAACUUUUUCAGAAAGUUGCUUAAUUGCUUCAAGCCGGUGAUGCCGGAACCGAUCAGUUUUUUUGAUCAUAUGGUCAGAAGUUUUUUGAGAGGAGCAGGACUGGAGAAAAGAGUCGUUUAUUUUGGAGUAGAAUCGCUAAGAUGGGUGACAACGUUUGGUGAUGCUAAAGGUCAAUUUGGUGAAAUUAUUGGUGUGCCGGGUUUGGGUGAUUUGGAGGCAUCUCAGUGGAUCCGUGAUGCGGAAUGUGUGUUGGUGCCGUUUUACACAAAGACUCAAUUUGGUUCACAUGGGAGUUUGGUUAUUGUGGGGGAAAAGGGAUGUGAUGAACUGAAACAAAAUGUGUUUGGCAGUGCGCGAAAGUGACGGUUUUCGUUUAUGUAAACGAAUUUGGUACUAUGUACCGG